GAGCGGCACGUGAUGUAAUCCGGAAGUGCUGCACCUCCCUGAGCGACUAGUGUCCGGUUAACGGUGUAGUGCUGUUUUUCUUUGUUAUUGACCGGUUGUACCGACUGCAGACUCGCACGCACCGGGGCUUGUCGGAGUUCAGCGGUGAUCUUGUAUUCAGCUGUGGAGUGGCACGCUCGGUAAGAUGAGUUCAGACGGCGGUGGGCGUCCGGUGAAGGUGGGCUCAGUGGUGGAGGUGAUCGGGAAGGGUCAGCGGGGGACCGUGGCCUACAUCGGCGCCACACUCUUCGCCUCUGGGAAAUGGGUCGGGGUCAUUCUGGACGAAGCCAAAGGCAAGAACGACGGCACAGUGCAGGGAAAACGCUACUUCACCUGCGAGGAGAAUCAUGGGAUAUUCGUCAGACAGUCUCAGAUCCAGCUGAUGGAUGAUGGGGGCAGUUCAGCCACAUCUCCAGAGACCCCAGACUCAGGUGUGGCUAAGCUGCUGAAGAAAGAGAUCCAGGAGACACCGAAGACUGCCAAGCAGACUCCAGCAGUAAAGAAGCCUCCUGUGCGCCGUAGUACCAAGACCGGCCGUCCCUCAGUCGGCGGGUCGGCUCUGUCUGAAUCGGUGUUAGCAGAGAGCGAGUCCUCCUCGUCCACUCAGAUGAGUCUGGCGGCACCUGUGGUCCCGCAGCCCAGCACUGCAUCUACUCCUGCUCCAGCCACACCCAGCAAGGAGGAGGAGAGUCUGCGCGCUCAGCUGAAGGAUCUGGAGGAGAAGCUGGAGACUCUGCGUAUGAAGCGCUCGGAGGAUAAAGCCAAGCUGAAGGAGAUGGAGAAAUACAAGAUCCAGCUGGAGCAGCUGCAGGAGUGGAGGAGCAAGAUGCAGGAGCAGCAGAACGACCUGCAGAAGCAGCUCAAGGAGGCCAAGAAGGAGGCUCGCGAGGCUCUGGAGGCUAAAGACCGCUACAUGGAGGAGAUGGCGGACACUGCAGACGCUAUAGAGAUGGCCACACUGGACAAGGAGAUGGCGGAGGAGCGAGCGGAGUCCCUGCAACAGGAGACCGAAAGCCUGAAGGAGAAGCUGGAGGAGCUGACCAUGGACAUGGAGAUACUCAAACAUGAGAUCGAGGAGAAGGGCUCAGAUGGAGCAGCGUCCAGCUAUCAUGUCAAACAGCUGGAGGAGCAGAACGCACGUCUGAAAGAAGCUCUUGUCAGGAUGAGGGAUCUGUCCUCCUCAGAGAAGCAGGAGCAUGUGAAGCUGCAGAAACAGAUGGAGAAGAAGAACUCUGAGCUGGAGACGCUGCGCUCACAGAAGGAGAAGCUGCAGGAGGAGAUGAAGCUGGCGGAGGACACCAUCGAUGAGCUGAAGGAGCAGGUGGACGCAGCUCUGGGUGCAGAGGAGAUGGUGGAGACGCUGACGGAGAGAAAUCUGGACCUGGAGGAGAAAGUGCGGGAGCUGCGGGAGACCGUCAGUGACCUGGAAUCCAUCAACGAGAUGAACGAUGAGCUGCAGGAGAACGCACGGGAGACGGAGCUGGAGCUGCGGGAACAGCUGGAUCUGGCCGGAGCACGGGUUCGAGAGGCGCAGAAGAGGGUGGAGGCGGCACAGGAGACACUGGCGGAUUACCAGCAGACCAUCAACAAAUACAGAGAGCUCACCACGCACCUACAGGAAGUGAACCGCGAGCUGACCAAUCAGCAGAGCAGCUCCGCUGAGCAGCUCCAGCAGCCGGCAGCGGAACUCUUCGACUUCAAGAUCAAGUUUGCGGAGACUAAAGCCUACGCUAAGGCCAUAGAAAUGGAGCUGCGUAAGAUGGAGGUGAGCCAGGCGAACCGUCAGGUGUCUCUGCUGACCUCCUUCAUGCCUGAGUCUUUCCUGCGGCACGGCGGAGAUCACGACUGCAUCCUGGUGCUGCUGCUCAUCCCCAGACUCAUCUGCAAGGCGGAGCUGAUCAGUAAACAGGCGCAGGAGAAGUUUGAUCUGACUGGCGGGUCGCUGGAGAGAGCUGGACUGCGAGGAGCUGCUGGAGAACAGCUGAGCUUCGCUUCAGGACUGGUUUAUUCUCUGACGCUCCUGCAGGCCACGCUGCAUAAAUAUGAGCUGGCUCUGAGUGUGUGUGGUGUAGACGUGUAUAAGCGCAUGGGCAUGCUCUACUCUGAGAUGUGUGUUCACGAGCGCUCGCUGGACUUCCUGAUCGACCUGCUGCAUAAAGACCAGCUGGACGAGACGGUGCAGGUGGAGCCGCUCACUAAAGCCAUCAAAUACUACCAGCAUCUGUACAGUGUUCAUCUGUGUGAUCAGCCUGAGGACUGCACUGUCCAGCUGGCCGACCACAUCAAGUUUACCCAGAGUGCUCUGGACUGUAUGGGGUCGGAGGUGGGCCGUCUGCGGGCGUUUCUGCAGGCGGGACAGGAAGGGGCGGAGCUCUGUGUGCUGCUAAAGGACCUGGACACUUCCUGUGGAGACAUCCGUCAGUUCUGCAAGAAGAUCCGCAGGAGGAUGCCAGGAACUGAUGCUCCGGGAAUACCUGCAGCACUGCGCUUCUCUGAGCAGGUGAGCGAGGCGCUGGCGGACAGCAGGAAGCAGCUGGCGCGUGUGGUGGCGGUGCUACAGGAAGUGUCUGCGGCCGGCGCUCAGAUGAUGGCGCCACUGCAGGAGCAAGAGGGACUGAGCGCUGUGAAGAUCGAGGAUGUGGCCUUUAAAGCAGUGGAGCAGGUGUACGGCACACAGGGACUGAACCCGUACGAGUGUCUGCGUCAGUCCUGCAGCGCCGUCAUCGCCACCAUGAACAAGAUGGCCACCGCCAUGCAGGAGGGAGAGUACGACUCGGAGAGACCACAGCGCCCGCCUCCUCCAGUGGAGACGCGUGCGGCUGCGGUGCGAGCGGAGAUGACGGACGCUGAGGGUCUGGGGAACAAACUGGAGGAUCGAGAGACCGUCAUCAAGGAGCUGAAGAAGUCCCUCAAGAUAAAGGGCGAGGAGCUGAGCGAGGCGAACGUUCGUCUGAGUUUGUUGGAGAAAAAGCUGGACACGUCGACCAAAGAUGCAGACGAGCGGGUGGAGAAGAUCCAGACCAAACUAGAUGAAGCUCUGAACACUCUAAAGAAGAAGGAGAAAGAGUUCGAGGAGACCAUGGACGCGCUACAGGCUGACAUCGACCAGCUGGAGUCCGAGAAGGCGGAGCUUAAGCAGAGGAUCAGCAGCCAAUCACGAGCCACUGAAGGUCUUCGGGGGCAACCAGCGUCUGGAAUCGCAUCUAUUGUCACCGGGAAUGUUGCAGGAGGGAUGCUGUCAGCUCCAGCAGGUGUCUCAGGUGUGGUUCAGGUGGUUGAUUCUCCACUCCUGAAGCAGCAGAUCGAUGUCCAGCGAAUCGCCAUCAAGCAGCUCAAGAGCGAAAACUACAGACUCAAGGCGGAGCGGAUGCGUGCGCAGCUGUCAUCGCUGCCGCCACUGCAGGUGCCGAACAUGAAGAGUGUGAUGAUGAAGGAGAACACAGCCGCUGGGGCCCUACAGAGGAAGACCGACGUACUGCUGCACAACCUGAUGAAGAUGAGCGCAGGACUCAAAGUGGUGGACAUCACCGGCAAAACCACAGCGAGUGCAAGUGCUCAGCUGCUGGAGCAGACGGCGAAGAUGAAGUCUCUCAGUGACGCUCUGGAUAAACUGCAGGCUGAAGUGUCGCAGCAUGUGGUUUCCCAGCAGCCCGGAGCGUCGGUGCCGUCCGACUUUGCCACCUUCCCCACGGCCACUUUCGUUAAGGCGCAGCAGGAGCAACAGAGUGGCUGUGUGUUGGUGUCGAAGCUGAUGAUCCCGUGCGCUCGAGGAAAAGAGCAGAAGCACACACUCGUCCUGUCACAGCAGCAGCUCCAGCGCGUGCACCACCUGCUCAUGACGUAAACACACACACACACACACACACACACUCUCACACACACUCCCUCAGGAACAUCUGGCUGAUCAGGCCAAAGACACACACACACACACACACUGCUAGUGUGUUGCUUCUCACACACUUUCUGUUUAUGCAUUUGUAUUUUUUUGAUGGAUUUGAUAUUAAAUACUGUUCAGUCAA